GGCCCACUCAUUCCCCUCUUCGGCUCUUCGCUUCCUUCCCUGCUUAUUCAUUCCUUCUGCUCCAGCCUCCACGCUUCGAGAUCCUGCAAUCACGGCGGCCAUGGCGAGCACCGCCCGUCUCUCCACCUCCUGCAGUCUGGCGACCGGCAGCAUCACCAUCAGGUGCAGGAGGGCAACCAUGACCGCCAUUGGAUGCGCUCCCAGGGGCAGCAGGACCCACCGGAGGAGUGUUGGAAUUUCCCUGUGCCGCUCCUCCUCCACGGCCGGAGCUGAAGGGGGCAGGAAGAUGGAGGAUUACAACAUCGCCAUGAAGAGGAUGAUGCGCAAUCCCUACGAGUACCACCACGAUCUCGGUAUGAAUUAUGCUGUCAUCAGUGAUAGCCUGAUUGUUGGCUCACAACCUCAAACUCCUGAAGAUAUCGAUCAUUUGAAAAAUGAAGAGAAUGUUGCCUACAUUCUUUGCUUACAGCAGGACAAGGAUAUUGAGUUCUGGGGCAUUGAUUUCCCAGCUAUUCUCAGCAGGUGCAAAGAACUUGGCAUUAAGCACAUCAGAAGACCGGCAGUUGACUUUGACCCAGAUUCCUUGAGGUCACAAUUGCCAAAGGCAGUUUCUGCAUUAGAAUGGGCUAUAUCACAACGCAAAGGGCGGGUUUAUGUCCAUUGCACUGCUGGACUUGGGAGAGCACCUGCUGUUGCGAUUGCCUACAUGUUUUGGUUCGAGAAUGUGGAUCUCAACACAGCUUACAAGAAACUAACCUCCAUAAGGCCCUGCGGACCCAAUAAGAGGGCGAUCCGUGCCGCAACCUACGAUCUAGCUAAGAAUGAUCCAUUGAAAGAGCCUUUUGAGACUCUUCCAGAACAUGCUUUUGAGGGUAUUGCAGACUGGGAGAGGAAGUUAAUUCGUGACCAGGUGCGUGCUCUUCGCGAAGCAUGAGCAGAAGAAGAGAAUCUUAACAAUAGCCUUGCCUCCUUCAGGGUGUUGCAGUUGGUGCAAAUCGAAAUGAUUUCUUCGCUUCAUGUUGGCAAGACUGUGAUCUGGAUUUUCCCUUUCAUGACAAGAGUGAGGAUAACGCCGCAUUUUGCAUGAUCCUGAGGCUUUUGCAUGCUGCACCUGCAAACUUUGGCAGCAAAUACCUGUUGCAUGAUUAAACUAUCGCAAAUGAUCACAGUUUUGUUUUUCUUAAAUUUUCAAAAAAAAAAAACAUGCCCAAAUUGAAUUAUGUUACAACCAACCUAGCUCCGGGCCAAAUCUCAAACUUGUAAAUCCCUUCUUCCUAGGCAAAUCCUCCUUUAUUUGCUGGGCAGUCUACUUUGAUCCAAAAUGAAAGUACUAUUUGGUUAUGGAGGAAGAAGAAAAUGCUCCUUCAAUACACAUAAAUAACUGUAUUGUAUAUUUGUUCCCCUGUAAGAUUAAGGGCAUGCAUGCUAUUACAUCAGACAUUCAGACACGAUGUCUAUAUGCUAGUUGGUUUCUAAAGUGCGCUGCACACAACCACAGCAUAUUUCAGAUAACAUGAAGCAAAGCACAUGUGUAUAUGAAGUGUAUAUAUUCUGUAGAUA